AUGGACUUUCUCACGCAGUCGUUCGCACCCGCUCCCGCUCGCCAAGCAGAACAAGCCUCGUCGGCUCAGGCCUCUCACCCUGCGUCGCCCGACACACUCGACACGGCUCACGACGUCUCUCCCACCACGGCGACAGCGACGAACGACUCGAACCCGUUGCUCGCCGCCGAUGUCGUCCAGACGAGCGACAAGUUCGCUGCGUUGCGCUCGCACUCGCCCGCUGCUGGGCCGCUCGAGGACGAGCCGCGCAUCGAGUACCCGAGCGUACAGAAGGGUGAUUGGCGGGCGUACGGGCGCGUCAUGGCCCAAGUCGUCCUUUGGCCCGAGGGAACCGUCGGAGAGAAGGGCGUCAAGGCCAAGAAGGUGAGGGAGGUUCUCGCCGACAAGGCCGACGAGUGGGUUGUUGAGGGAACGCUCUGGAUCACAAAGAACAAAGAGAUCCUCCUCGUCCUCGACCGCAACGUCCCACCCUUCCACAUCGACUUCUCGACCCUGCGCGCCGCUCCCACCCUCUCUCGCCGCCUCAGCCUUUCCGGCCUCCGCCGCUCAAUCUCCCGCACCUCGACCACCUCAGGCGGCGACGCUCGCGAGGACACGGAAGAGGACAAGGAGAAUACGGGAGGAGGAGUGAGGGGGUUCGUGAAGAAGAUUGUCGAGGCAGUCAAACCGCGUAGGGCGUCCUCAUCCGAGGGUGGAGAUGGGCUUGCGUUGACGCGCACGAGGUCGUCGCACAAGAGUCAGAGGUCCAUCAAGGAGAGGAGGAAGUCGCAUGACGCCAACGCUGGAGUGGCGAAGGGCGAGGAGGAGAGGAGGGGAGAGAGGGAGGAGGGUUCGGCGCAGGGCGGACAGGGUGGGUUGGCGUUCGCUGAGCCGGUUAUCGAGAGGCGUGAGGGACCCUUUCCGGCUUACAAGGGCCACUCCAUCACCGCUCUCUACAUCUCCUCCCCUUACCUCAUCCGCUCCAUCCGCUUCUACGCACAACACAAGCCCACGUCCCCUCCCUCCCUCGGCCUUCCAAUCUCGACCCCUCCAGACGACGCAGCCGCCCAAGACCCCUCUCGCGAGCCUCGUGAGGACCUCGGACUCGUCCCUCCGGUCGUAGAGGUGGAUGUUGCCCAGCCCGAGGAGGGGAGGAAGUACGAGGGCGUUGGGGAGGGAGAGGGAUUGAGGAUGAGGGAGGUGACGGUUGGGUUCGUCUUCCCGGAUGUUUUGCUCGCUGACGAAGCAACCGACUUCCACACCCGCAUCGAGUCGCUCCUCCGCCCUUCCUCUCCCAGCGGCCCGGCGGCGACUACGACAACCGGCUCGUCACUCUUCCGCACCCUCUCGCGCGGUGCUAGCUCCCCCUCCGCCCCUCCCAUCCCACCCGUAGGCGAGGGAGAUGGAGGAGAGAUUCCUAGCGAGACGGGCACGAUCGAGAUGAUGGCCCCGACCCAGUCGCAGCCGAAGCAGAGGAGGAGGGGGAGUAGUUUCUUGAGGGGGAUGCCGCAGGGGGAUGUGUGGGUGUGA